UGAGCGCACGCCACGCUCGAACGGAACCAGCCAAAAAUAACCAAAAUAUUUUUUCUAUGAAAAUUAUUCACGCCUAAAAAACCUGGAAUCUCAUUUGACAUUGACGUAUUUUUUUUUUCAAUAUAAAUUUUCCCGCCAUAACUCGUCUGACAUUUGAUUGCUUUUAUUCCAUUUAUUGUUUGUUAAAAUCUUUAUAGUAUUUUGAAAUAGUGCGUUGAACUUGAGUGCAGCGGCCGCGGUUUCAUAAGUGAUUAUACGAUGCUCGCAGUGAAAGUGGUGUGACGUAAGCGUUACAUUAGAACCGACAUAAUGCGUACCAUCGGGUUAGGGAAGUGCUACACUCUGAACAUAGCUAUAGUGCUGAUCGGGUUAGCGUCAGAGACGAAAUGCCAACAAGUCCACCCCGUUACAUUCAUAAGACCGGGACAAUACUAUCAGCACGGGCACCCGCCUUGGCAUCGAUUCACAUCACCUCGCAAAAGAUCACCUGAACCACAGGCCUAUUACAACGGACCCCACGAGCUAUCGUACAAUCAAAAUCCCUUCCAGAAUAAUGAGUUCUCGACAAACCAACAGACUCAAAGACAGGACAUCCAGGGACAUCAAAACUAUGCAAGUAGAUCAUCAGCUGACCUCAUCUAUACCGAGACGAGAGACGUUCCCAAUGACGGAAGACUGCUCUCAGAUUCAGCGUUCACCAGGAUAUCGGAAACUCUCGGAGCGAUCAACACCGUCGGCCACUACCUGGUGGACAUGGUCAACGAGAAUGAUAGAAACGAAUCCGAUCCCAACCUGAAGCAGCUUCCGAACGCUAUAUACACCAUCAGCAAGAAUGUCUUAGGUAGAAAUGUUACAGAUACAAUUGCUCCCAUAGUCAAGAAAGCGUUACCCAGAGUUUUGCCCGACGCACCGAUCACUAGAAUAGCUACAGCCGAUGUGAGCCAAAGUAAUUCCAAAUCCUGCACCACCCCCGAUGGAGAGCAGGGGGUCUGCGAGGAUUUAAGCAACUGCCCUCAAUUGCUUCUGAAUCUCAUAAGUCUCAGAGAAUCGUUAUGUUUCAAAGAUCUUUUUGUUCCUGGCGUGUGUUGUCCACGAAACGCUGUCGUGUCAUCGACGCCGGCUGUAGAGAAGCCAGUCCAGAGUACGACCAGCAAACCCACUUAUUUAGUACCUAUAACGACUCAGCGGCCGGUUCAAAAACCGACGACGACGAAAAAGCCUUCGGCCAUCUUGGUUCUGACCACCAAAAAGCCAAAGACAACCAGUCCUAGACCUACGAAGACGCCUACCACUGUUACCACACCGAGAGCACCGUCCACCACCAGCUUCUACACUGUGACACCACCGUUCCUAGGAAAUUAUUCCAACAUCGUCGACGUCAACGACUGUGGUCAGCGUGAAGACGAAGGAGGUCGCAUAGUCGGCGGUACGGAGUCCAAGCCCGGCGCGUGGCCCUGGAUGGCGGCCAUAUACCUGCACGGGAACAAGCGCAAGGAGUUCUGGUGCGGCGGGACGUUGGUUGGCAGCCGACACGUGCUCACCGCCGCGCACUGCACCAGGGACUCCAAACAGAGGCCGUUUCCUCCCCGUCAGUUCUCAGUGCGUCUGGGGGACGUGGACCUCUCCCGCACCGACGAGCCCUCGCGGCCGCUGACCGCUCGCGUCACGGCCGUGCGGGCACACGAGCAGUUCUCACGAGUCGGAUACUACAACGACAUCGCCGUGCUGGUGCUGGCUGAGAACGUCCCCAAAUCAAAAUACGUGAUACCGAUCUGUCUCCCCAAGGGUGAGGCGGGUCGCCAGCAGUUUGACGGCAUGGUAGGGACCGUGGUGGGCUGGGGCACCACCAGGUACGGCGGCGGAGAGAGCUCCACACAGCUGGAGGCGCGACUUCCGGUCUGGAGGAACGAAGACUGCGACCGGGCUUACUUCCAACCAAUCACGGACACUUUCCUUUGCGCCGGAUACCCCAGAGGAGGGGUCGAUGCCUGUCAGGGUGACUCAGGAGGCCCGCUCAUGCUGCAGAUCCAAGGUCGGUGGACACAGAUCGGGGUGGUGUCCUUCGGUAACAAGUGCGGGGAGCCGGGCUACCCCGGGGUAUACACCAGGGUUACUCACUACCUCGGCUGGCUGAAGAACAAUCUCACCUAA